AUGGCUUCCCGGCCGAUUCUGCUGCGGUUCGAGAGUCGGAACGGCCAGUUUCGAUUUACCGUCGACCCGCAGGAGCUCUUCCCUUCUCUCCAACAAAAGAUCAUCGAGCAUCUCCCAUCAGACGUCGCUUCAUCCUCGAUUACCCUCUCGAAUAAACCGAUAGGCACAGGUGGCGAAGAGAGACAGUUGGAGGCUCUGCAGGGAGUCUCAAUCGGCCAAGUUGGCCUGAAACAUGGGGAUAAGCUCUUCCUCGGAUAUCAGGACCAGGCCACACAACAGAAUGGCCCCCCCAACGGCUACACACCCACCACCGCCGAGCGGCGAUUGAACGGAGCACCAGUACCACAGCAACAGACAGUGCCACUGCGCCCCCAACCCUCAUCACCUUCUGCCACCGUCAAGAAUCCAUGGGAUGUGGUGCAACAAUCUCCCCUCGACGAUCUUCUCGACAAGAAGGAUGGCAAGAUCAAGCGGAGCCAAGAUCUGAAAAUGUGCAAGCAUGGACCUCGAGGCAUGUGUGACUACUGUAUGCCGCUGGAGCCAUACGACAAGCAAUACAUGUCGGACAAGAAGAUCAAGCACUUGUCCUUCCACUCUUACCUGCGGAAAAUCAAUGCGGCCACCAAUAAACCCGAAAUUAAGGGCUCAUUUAUGCCUCCGCUCAACGAGCCUUUCUACCGUGUUCGCCGGGAUUGUCCAUCUGGGCACCCAUUGUGGCCGGAAGGUAUUUGCACAAAGUGUCAGCCCAGUGCGAUCAGCUUGCAACCACAAGAAUUCCGCAUGGUCGACCACGUGGAGUUUUCAACACCGGGAUUGAUCAACACCCUUCUGGACUUUUGGCGAAAGUCAGGUGGUCAGCGGCUAGGGUUCCUGUAUGGAACAUACGAAGAGUAUGCCGAAGUGCCACUGGGUGUCAAGGCUGUCGUCCAAGCGAUAUACGAACCUCCGCAGGUGUGUGAAGUCGACGGUGUGACUCUGCACGAAUGGCACAACGAGCAAGAGGUGGACGAGGUGGCCGGUCUCUGCGGCUUGCAGAAAGUGGGAGUGAUCUUUACAGACCUGCUCGAUGCCGGGCGUGGGGAUGGGUCAGUGGUGUGCAAACGGCACAUCGAUUCAUAUUAUCUGUCCUCGCUGGAGAUUGCCUUUGCCUCACGGCUGCAAUCACAAAAUCCAAAGGCCACCAAAUGGAGCCGGACUGGACGGUUUGGCUCUGAUUUCGUGACAUGUGUGCUUAGUGGUGACGAGACUGGGGCCAUUUCCGUGAGCUCGUACCAAGCAUCGGUGUCCGCGGUGGAGAUGGUCCGGGCAGACAUCAUCGAGCCGUCAGCCGACCCGUCUGUGAUGUUGGUGCAAUCAGAGGAAGACAACCCUGAUAACAAGACACGGUAUAUUCCUGAGGUCUUCUUCCGACGCAUUAACGAGUAUGGGGCAAGCGUUCAAGAGAAUGCCAAGCCCAGUUUCCCAGUAGACUUCCUACUGGUGACGCUCACACACGGAUUUCCCACCGAAUCAACACCACUAUUUACCGACAGCCGCUUCCCCGUCGAGAACCGCGAAGUCAUUGGCGAGAGCCAGGAGCUGCGACAUGUGGCACAGAAACUCGUGUCGCAUGGCGAUCCCGACAAAGCCAUCCAAGGCGUGUCCGACUUCCAUCUCCUGUGCUUCUUGCACGGACUGGGCACGUUCAACAAGGAUGAGGAAGGUCUCCUCUGCCGCGUGGCAACGUCCCACGCCCCCGCGGAUGGAAUGCAGCUAUUGAAUACCCCCGGAUGGGCAACCUUGGUGACAAUUCUUCAGGAGAGUGGUGAGCGCCCCCCUAAGCGCCCCUUGCCCACAGCAUCCGAGCCCAGAAAACGGCGUCCCCAUUCACCCGCUUCCCAUCUCCCCUGCUCUGUCUCUCCCAAGUCCGACGGUGAGCAGCUUGCUAAGAGGUUCAAGGGAGCUAGUCUAGAAUGA